GUAAGAAGCCGUGGUCGGGAGACCCGCAGGAGCUGCGCCGGACAGGGUAGGCUGGACUAACGAACUUGGGGAGUCAGCAGCCCCACUUGACAGCCCCGGCGCUGGCGGGACUUGGGGUCGCCUGAUCCACAGUUCACUGCUGUAGCUGAUGGCCUCUCCAGAUAACAACAAAUAAGCUAUUCCAUCUACUGCAUCUCAUCUUUAUAACAGUGAGAUCAAGGAAGAAGAUUCUAGUUUUAUAGCAGAAAAGAGAAGAGACACCUAGCACCACAAGUGUGAGCACCAGCAGGGUCACAGAAAGCAAGAGUAAAACUUUGAACAGGAUGAUGGCCAUAGAGCUAAUGGUGGCUGCAGAUCUGAAUCCCCAGAUCCAGGCUUUAUGGAAGAAUGAAGGGCCUCGAGAAAAAAACCUAACCGAGAAUUCAAUCCAGAAUCAGGAAUCCAUCCUACAGAGUGAUAAACCUACUCCAGAGAUCUGCCGACAACGUUUUAGGAGCUUCCAGUACUAUGAGUCAGCUGGUCCCCAGGAGACCCUUAGGCAACUUAGGGAGCUUUGCCAUAAGUGGUUGCAGCCAGAGAUCCAUACAAAGGAGCAAAUCUUAGAGCUGUUGCUACUGGAACAGUUCAUGAAUAUUCUACCUGAGGAGACAAAGUCCAUGGUUCAAAUGCAUUCCCCAAGAAGCAUCGAGGAGGCAGUGACAUUGGUAGAAGAUUUACAGAGGAAAGGAGACGGAAAGAAGAUUCCUGAAUUGGACAAUGAGGUUACAGUCCAUGAGCAGGGACAGGAAGUACUCUUGGAGAAGGCAACACCCUUGGAAGAAGCAUCAGAAGCACUAAGCUUCCAUCUGGAGCCAGCAGAGCCCCAGGGUAUGGGGGUAUCCCAGGAAGAGGAAUUGUGGAGUACCCACCCAAGACUACAGGAACCACUGAGCUGUGACCCUGAAAAAGAGCUCCAGCCUGUGCCGGAGAGGGUUCUGCCUGCUCAUCAGGUUCCUGUCCUUGCUGAAGAGAGACCUACCAGAGAUUGGGAGGUGGCAUCUGUAUUCUUCACACCUGAGUCCCAGAGUCCUGUGACAUUUGAGGACGUGGCCAUGUAUUUCUCUCAGGAAGAAUGGCAGUUAUUGGGCCCCAUUCAGAAGAACCUCUACAAAGAUGUCAUGCAAGAGACUUACAGGAACAUGAUUUCAGUUGCAAUGUUUCAUAUUCCCAAACCUGAACUGAUAUCCUGUUUGGAACAAGAGGAAGAGCCAUGUGUCACAAAUUCUAAGGAAUCCAAAGAGAUCCCAAAAGAUUCUAAUACAGAAAUGACUGAUUCUUCUAUUUAUCCUAAUGAGGUUAAGGCUACGAGUGAGAAUGAAAAGGCUAAGGCAGCACAUCAUAUUUCCUUAGAAGUACAAGCACCAGAUAGUACUUUAACUAGAUCUAAAAAAACUGCUGAGAAAGUUCUCCAGAGGACAGAAUUGAAAGAAGUUCAUGAAAAGCAGCAUGGGGAAGGAAAGACACAGCAAAAUUUACCUGUAGGAAAAUGGAAAAAAAUCGCUCCCUGGAAAAAAAGUCUACGAAAACUCAUGGAGGUCCACAAGAAAGCCUGCACAGGAGAAAAACCUUUCAAAUGUCAUACAUGUGGGAAAAGCUUCAAAGUUAGUUCUGACCUUAUUAAGCACCAGAGAGUCCACACUGAAGAAAGACCUUAUAAAUGUCAAGAAUGUGAUAAAAGGUUCCGAUGGAGCUCAGACCUUAAUAAACACUUAAUGACACAUAGAGGAAUUAAGCCACAUAGAUGUUCCUGGUGUGGGAAAAGCUUCAGUCAAAACACAAACCUUCUUACUCACCAAAGAACACACACAGGAGAGAAACCUUUUAAGUGUCAUGAAUGUGGGAAAAGAUUCAGUCAGAACUCACAUCUCAUUAAGCACCAAAGAACACAUACGGGUGAGCAACCCUAUACAUGUAGCAUGUGUGGGAGGAACUUUAGUAGGCGGUCAAGCCUUCUAAGACACCAGAAACUCCACAAAGAGAAGGAACCAGUCAAUGCCCUUGUUCCGAAGGAAAGCUCCAAGUGGAGCUAAAACCUUAAAAGAACAUAGAUUUCUAUGAAUUUAUCAAUAUUUGAAAAAUGUUAAAGUAUAAACCCCAUUUUUCUCUAAAGAGAAUUUAAAUAGACUAUGCAGGAGGGAAUGGCAAUAUUUGUAAUACACGAUGACUUGUUUAUGACAAGAAAAUUCUUUAUAAGACAGCUAUACCAGGAUUGUAUCUCACAAAAUAACAAGUAUACCAUACCAAAAACCCAACUCAUCAAAUAGUAGAUGCUAUCUCAAACCAAAGAAUGUUGAUUAUGUGUUAGGUUUUUUUCUCCACUCUCAAAAACACAAGUUAAAAUUACUAUCAGAAAUGGCAUUUCCUAAAACAAAGGGCAGGCAGGCGCAUGCACACACACAGAGAAUCAUUUUCACUGUUACAAGUAUGCCAAGUUCCUAUUCCAAAAUGCCUGUUCCAAAUUCUGUGCAGCAGAGAUAUCCUAAAUUGUGAUUUUUUUUCCCCCAAGCAUUUCAGCGAUAUUUUCUCUUGGGCCUCUUGCUUAUAAACAGCAUUCACGAUAUUGACUACUCUGACUUCUUGCCUCACCCUCUUAACUUUUAGUGGUCAAAUCCUGUUGGUUCAUUUUUUUUUUUUGCUAUGCUAACAUCAUGUUUAUUUAGUCUGCAGAAAAAGCUAUGGAGUAAAAAAAAAUGUCAGCUCUUAAGCUGCUUAACUGAUAAUUUAUGGAAGAUUAUGGAUAGCAAGCUAUUCUCCAUCUCUGAUGAAACAACUGCAUUGGAAUUCACCUCUGAAAGGAGAAGUGGGAUUAGAUGUGAGGAGUAAUUUUUCCAGCAAACAUAACCAGGUUUUGGAAGAAGUUCACAAGGGAAGGUAUAGCAUUUCCCUACCUGGAAAAGUAAACAAGAGAAUGAAAAGCCUUGCAAAAGAGCACCUGCUUAAGGCCCAAAAGAAAAGGGAUCAGCUCCAAGUCUAUUACCUUUUAGUUAAGAUUCCAUGGAAAACUGGAAACUUAUUUAUUUUGGACAGGAUCUUGUCAUCUCUUAGCUUCCUAAUAUGAAGAGCACUUCAAAUAUUUGGGUACAAAGGGGAUAGUUUGGCAACUGGUAUUGUUAAAAAUGGUGGUAAGAUCAGGAAAACAUCGGUAUUAACUGUCUUACAUUUAUAAGCUCUUAAUGGACAGGAACUGUCUGAUUUCACACAAAUGUACACAUAAUAAAAGCUUUCUGGUCAUAAGUUCAGUAGAUUGGUUAGUUUUUAUGGGUUUGUAAAUUUCUGAGGAAACUCCCUGCAGAUCAAUCGAUUGAUCAACAAGCAUUUUAAAAGUGUCA